AUCUCACACUUAUCAUUUCUUUCACACUUUCAUUAUAAAAUCCUCAAUGAUUAUUACCAAAAAUUUAUAAAAAGAAGAAGGCAAAUGGCUCUCGAGGGUGUGUUUUUGCAACACGACAACAUCUUUAGCUAUAAUGGCAAAGAAGCUUACUCCAACAUUUACACAGAAGAUGAACCACACUUCUAUGAUCUCCAAGCCUCUCUUGGUUUUCUCGAUAGCCAAACCGAAAACUACAACUCUACUUUUCUUCAAGAAGACUACUAUGAGAAUACUACUACAUUCCUUCAUCAACCUCUUCCUGAAAUUGCUAUUAGUGAAGCAAAUAUUACGGCUAACCGAAACUCCUCUGGUAGCCCGAACUGCGAUAUGAGUUACCAACGGGAUAGUGAGACAAACACUACGAGGAAGAAGAAGGCAACAAGACGCAGAACAAGGGUGAAGAAAAACAAAGAAGAAAUCACUAAUCAACGUAUGACUCACAUUGCAGUGGAGCGUAACCGGAGAAAACUGAUGAAUGAGUAUCUUUCUGUUCUCCGCUCUCUCAUGCCUGACUCAUACGUCCAAAGGUGUGACCAAGCAUCAAUAGUAGGAGGUUCCAUAAACUUCAUCAGAGAACUAGAACACCGUCUUCACCUCCUUAACGCCAAUAGGGACCAAGCUUCCCGACGCCGGGAUAUCUCAUCCGCUACACCUUUCUCCGACGCUUUCAAGCUUCCACAGAUCUCAAUGGGUUCCUCUGCGGUCAGUGAAAACGUGGUUCUCGAGAAUGCAUUGGCUGAUAUUGAAGUAAACCUUGUCGAGUGCCACGCAAGUCUCAAGAUCAGAUCAAGAAGGAGACCAAAGAUUCUUCUCAACUUGGUCUCUGGAUUACAAAGCUUAGGGUUUAUCAUUCUUCACCUUAAUGUCUCCACUGUUUCUGACUUUAUCCUCUACUGUUUCUCCACUAAGUGCAUGAAAUCCUCCGUAUUCAUGAUGAUGGUCAACAGUAACCCUAAGGUAGACCGGUUUGGCGGAGUCAAUGUUAGUGACUUAGUGUGAUCCGGUUUGGGAUAUUUUGUUACGAAUUUAUAUAAUUGAAUUUAAAUUUCUUAAUUUGUCUGUCAGUAGUUAAUUUUAAUAUUGUGUACCAUUUAUAUGUUUCGGUCCAUUGCACUUUUCCAUACAUUAUAGUUAAAAUGGACGGUGAUUUUUAUUGAAGUUGUUGACAAAAGUAAAUGGUAACAGCUGGA